AAAAAGUAAAACUUAAAGCAACCCAGAAGAUCUCGGUGAUGGAAACAGCAGCAAAAUGAUGAGGUUUUCUGAGAAUUGAGGGCAAAAGAGAAGGAUCUUCAAGAAGAUGAGCACUGCAAGGUUCAUCAAGUGUGUUACAGUAGGUGAUGGAGCUGUGGGAAAGACCUGUAUGCUUAUAUCUUACACCAGCAAUACCUUCCCCACGGAUUAUGUGCCUACGGUUUUUGACAACUUCAGCGCCAAUGUGGUGGUUGACGGUAGCACUGUUAACCUAGGAUUAUGGGACACUGCUGGACAGGAGGAUUAUAACAGGCUAAGGCCUUUGAGCUACAGAGGAGCAGAUGUGUUCUUACUUGCCUUUUCCCUCAUCAGCAAAGCCAGCUAUGAAAAUAUCGCUAAAAAGUGGAUUCCUGAGCUAAGACAUUAUGCUCCAACUGUGCCUGUUGUGCUUGUGGGAACCAAACUUGAUUUGCGAGAUGACAGGCAAUAUUUGAUCGAUCAUCCUGGUGCUGCACCUAUAACUACUGCCCAGGGAGAAGAACUGAAGAAGGCAAUUGGUGCUGCUGUUUACAUAGAAUGCAGCUCAAAGACUCAGCAGAAUGUGAAGGCUGUAUUUGAUGCUGCGAUCAAGGUUGUUUUGCAGCCACCUAAGCCAAAGAAAAAGCGAAAGAAGAGCAGAACAUGUGCAUUCCUCUGAUAAUUAAUGUUCAUGUGCAACUCUCGUCCUGUACCUUUUACAACCUCCUUCUUCCCAAGUUUUCCUUUUGAACAUAUGUGCUGCAAACUACUCUCCUAUCUUCUCCUAUCGUAUAUUUGAUGUGGGUCUAAAUGAUGUUAAGAUGUAUCUGUUUGAUACAAGUAGAAUGUAUUCAAUUCAAAAUAAGACUUGUGAUAAGGAAAGUUAAUAUAGCAUUAGUCAUCUCUUUGUGUUGCCUCAA